AUGCUGGUGCUACCUCUCAUCGCCCAUACGUUCGCCACACCGGGCCGCUCUCCGGUCCUGCGGCUGCCGUCCGCCGCCAGCGUGUCGGGCCGGCUCGAUGGCGCGCAAAGUGCUGCCACGCUAGCUGAGGAGAACGAGCUGCUGCGGGCGCGCGUGGCGGAGCUGGAAGAGCGUGCGGAGUCGACCGAGGGGCUCUGCGAACUGCUCGACGACGGCGGCGGCUGGACGUCCUCCCUCCGCACGCGCGCCUCGUGGCUGCUCGGGCUGCUCGUGUGCCAGAGCGCAUCUUCGCUGGUGCUGGCGGAGAACGAGUCUCUGCUGCUCGAGCACCCGACGGUCAUCUUCUUCAUGACGAUGCUCGUUGAUCCGCGGCCGACGCAGCGCACGCGCAGCAUCGUGUCGGACGAGCUGCUGCGAGCGGCGGUGCUCGCCUUUAUCCUCGUCGUCGCCGGGCUCGCCGAUGCCGCCGCCAUCUCCGCCUCCCUCUUCCUCAUCGUUAGCACGUCAGUUGUGCUCGGCACCCUACUCCCGCUGCUGCUGCAGGCCGCAAAGAUCGACGCGGCACACGCGUCCACCACUAUCCAGGUGGUCAUGGACGUGCUAGGAGUGCUAAUCACCUGCUCCGUCGCCCCUGUCGUCUUUGGCGCCUUGGCCACGUAG